UAUGACAGGGUCCGUUUAGUGGAAAGAGGAUCUCCUCACAGUCUGCCACUAAUGGAGUCUGGCAAAAUCCUACCUGGAGUGAGGAUAAUCAUUGCCAAUCCUGAAACAAAAGGGCCACUGGGUGACUCGCACCUUGGAGAGAUAUGGGUUCACAGUGCUCAUAAUGCUAGUGGAUAUUUCACCAUUUAUGGAGAUGAAUCACUUCAAUCCGACCACUUUAACUCACGCCUGAGCUUUGGAGACACGCAAACUGUAUGGGCCCGAACAGGUUACUUGGGAUUUCUUAGACGAACUGACCUUACUGAUGCAAAUGGAGAGCGACAUGAUGCACUGUAUGUUGUUGGUGCCUUGGAUGAAGCAAUGGAGUUACGAGGAAUGAGAUACCACCCCAUUGACAUUGAAACAUCUGUGAUUCGUUCCCACAAGAGCAUCACUGAGUGUGCGGUGUUUACCUGGACAAAUCUUUUGGUGGUGGUGGUGGAGCUGGACGGAUCAGAACAAGAGGCUUUGGACCUUGUUCCUUUGGUCACUAAUGUGGUUCUGGAGGAACAUUACCUAAUUGUGGGAGUAGUGGUUGUGGUUGAUGUUGGAGUGAUCCCAAUCAACUCUCGUGGAGAAAAACAGCGUAUGCAUUUAAGGGAUGGAUUUUUGGCCGACCAACUAGACCCUAUCUAUGUGGCCUACAAUAUGUAGCCUCCUGUUCUAAGGCUUCGGUUAACAAUGUGUAUGUACAUAUGUAAAGAGAACUCUUGGUGUUCACCACAAAGUGUGCAGAAACCAAUAGACAGUACUUGUUCCACACAGGGACUUUCUGCACUUGCAAGCACUCUUGACUCGCCACAAAGAUGUGAAACUAAUUCUUUGUACCACAGACGUUUAAUAGGCAAAGACAAUGAUAAGUACACAACCCUUUGAAAGUCAAAAGCCCCAUUCUGGAGCCUAUUUCUUGCUUGUUGGUUGAUUAACUGCUUUUGAAGUAAGUGUACUAUCUGCGCUCUGUAUUUUUAAGUUAUAUCAGCUGAAGUUGCUUACGUUUUUUAAUCUGCCCUCUAAGGGGGUGCUUUUUAUGUAUUCACAUACUGUGGCAAAAAGCAAGUAUUUUAGAUUGUCGAUUCUUGAGAUUUGGUCAAAAAUUGUCAAAACGUUGUAAACAAGGAACCUUCUAUCUAGAACUGAUUGGCUGAGGACAUUCUGCCCCCUCCUUUUUUUUUCUUAUGUCUAGUAUUAGGAGGUACAAGAGUAAUGUCCACCCUGUCAAUACCAUCUGCACUGACAUCAUGAGGUCCCUCUCAAAGCAGGGCUCAGAAACCCAGAAAUGUAGUCGGGAGGAGGUAUCUGCUACCAAAUCAUGUGGAUGUCUAUUGUUGGUGGAGCCACUGAUGGGGUCUCAAUAAUGUUUUCGCUUGUGUGAUGAUAUCAUUGUACUACAAACAGGAGGAAAAGAAAUACUGAGUAACUUCAUAUCAUGUAAUUAUGUACAAAACAGUUUUAAUUUAUUUUGUUCUCUUUAGAAGUAUAUUAAGAGAAAGACAUUUGCGAAUGUUUUCCUCUUUUAAGUGUUUGCUAAAAAGAAGCAAAGUGUUGCGUUAUUUUAUGUGGAUAGCUUCACAUCAGCACACUAUAUUCGAGGUAACUCAUCAGAUUUAUGGUUUUACCAAUGGAAGAGAUGUUGGAAAUCCAGUAAUUCUUACUUGCAUGGUGUCCCAGUUUUGAAAUGAACAAUGGUCAUGUUAUUCACCCAGCCCUCAUCAGAGGUGUAGUAUCUCAGUGUGUGAAGUGACCCGCAAGCAACUUCCAUCAGAAGAUUCCAACUUGGGGAAAAAAAAGUCAAUGGACAUCUUUAUGCUUGUGAAUUAACUGAGGUUUAAAAGUGCACUAAAAAAAAAUUGAAAAAAAUCAAUAAAAAAAAUUGUAUUGUGCCAGAUUGCCUGGUGUUCAUUGAUAACUUUGUGUUGGCAUGUGCACACUUCCACUGUUAGACUCUCAGCAUGUGGCAGGUUAAACAGAGUAGAUUGUGUGUUUUCUAAGAUGUGUGCAUGCAUAAUGCUCCAGUGUGACUUCAGAUUACAAACUGACAGCUAUUAAUGAUCGUUUCAAACUUUUUACUGCUGCUAAUUGUGUUUAUAGUAAAGCUUUUUCUUAACUUGUAAUGGGUUUGUAAGAAUUGAAAAUGAAACAAAACAUCUAGCUGCAAAAGAGCCGUUUUGCCAGUAAAUUCACUUUGAAAUAUUGAGUUAAGAUGUAGGAUGUAAGAAACUAAUGUACAAGAAUAAGUGUUAAUUUUUACAGUUAAAAUUUUUGCAAUGAUAUAUUUUACAUUAAAAUGUCAAGUUUUUAAAUUUUUUUCUGAUAGGGUGCAGUGUACUCAGAAAAUUGGUGACUAACAGCUUUCCUCCACGUUCGUUACAGUCUCAUUCCCCAUCUCUGUGUAGGUCAUUUGUCAUUUUUCAACACCACCUUCCAUUUAUUUCUAGUUGAGAAGUGAAGAGACUGUGGUUUGCAGUUCAUUUCUCUCUGCCUUUGAUAACGUUGCUUUGCGGUUGACUAGUGGAAGACUGAUCAACGACAUUUCACUUUUUCUGUUCACCUAAGCUGAAAAACAUUCGAAAUGAUAUGACACCACCACAGCAGCGUCACUGAAGACCAACAGGAUACUCGUCAGGUUAGAAUGAUGGGCAGCCUUUGAGCUGUCCAGUCAGGUUUGAAACAGUCCGCGUUGGGCUGCCUUAAUGAAUGAGUGAGCUCUUGGGAUAUUGACUACCUUCCAGUGUAUGCAAAUAACGUUCGCCAUGAAUGAGGAAGUAGACAGUUUAGCAGUGGUAAUAAUGCUGCUUUUCUUUUACUCAAACCUAAAUCCAUGCUCUUAACCUAGCACGUUACCUCUAAGGUUUAUAUAAUAUUUUCAAAGCCAGGUAUGUUAUGUCCUCUGCUGCCUGCCAUUUGUAAAGAGAGUCUAACAUUUACUAUUUGUAGUAAAGUAGGUUUCUUGUUUCGUUGUGGGAGUGGAAGAAGCAACCAUCCAGAGUCCAACUAGACUCAGCAAUAAAGAAGGCGUGUCCUUUAUUAGAAAACGUGCUAUAGAUAAACCAUGCAUUAGAAUGUAUAGAAACAGUUUGUCUUGUGACCUAGUGCUUUGAAGUAAAACAAAACCAUGUAAUCCAACUUGAUGCACAUGCACAAAAAAGGAAGGUACAUGAAGAUCAUAUACUGUCAAAACAAAUCAAAAACAGGAUCAGAUUCCUCAUGGUGCUUCUUAUUAUUAUUAAUCCUGCUUGACACUUUACCCAAGGGAAGACUGUCCCUUUAUCAGUUGAAUGUUAGUAGUGUUGAGUCACAUAGGUUGCUGAAUGGUAAGAGAAUUUCAUGUACUCAACCAAUCACAAUGGAUUUUACUGUGCAAAGGACAGCAAUCUUUCUUGUAUGUUAAAACCACCAGUUCGCUUUGUACAUGUGAUAACGCCUGUUUUAUAUUCAAAUGAACAAAUAAAAGCUUUUAUUUUUGUUGCUCUGAAAA